GCCGCCCAGCUCAGCCUGUCACAAGGCGUUCGUUCAAGAUGAGCGCCAUGGCGAGCACGAGCACGGCGACGACACUGCCCGACUUGGAUCGUCUGAUACGCCACUCUGUCAAGCGAACGUAUGCGCUCUUCGAGGGCGAGUCAGCACCAAAUCCCAAGCAAGACGAAAUCUCGACUCGAGCAAGACUGGCCAGCAAGCUAUAUGAUGAAUACAGGGACGCCAAAGUCCUCCCUGCGGCUGUGCAGACUCAGCAAGCCUCUGCAGGCCCGGCGAGAGCUGCCGGCGCCUUUGCUACACCUGUCGGUCCUGCGCCUCCGCAGAGGCUACUCAUAGAAGGCGCGCCGACGUCAACGAGCAGAGUCAUCGACGAACUCGCCUCUUCGGCUUCCACCAGCCAAGCAUUGACAGUCCACGCAGCCCAACAGAAACCGUCGCUCCUCUCGCAAUCGCUCAUAAGGAGGAAAGAGGCCCGCUCCGUCAAGCCGGACUACCAUCCCCAGUGGAAGCUCACCCGCGUCAUCUCUGGCCAUCUUGGCUGGGUCAGAGCAGUCGCUGUCGAGCCCGGCAACAAGUGGUUCGCUACCGGGGCCGGCGAUCGCGUCAUCAAGAUCUGGGACCUCGCCUCUGGAGAGCUCAGACUGUCCCUCACGGGCCACAUAUCGACCGUACGAGGCUUAGCCGUCAGUUCUCGUCAUCCCUACCUCUUCUCAUGCGGCGAAGACAAGAUGGUCAAAUGCUGGGAUCUCGAAGUCAACAAAGUCAUCCGACAGUAUCACGGUCAUCUGUCGGGCGUCUAUGCGCUCUCACUCCAUCCUACCCUAGAUAUAUUGGUCACUGCAGGCCGAGAUGCGAGCGCGAGAGUCUGGGACAUGCGGACCAAGGCUCAGAUCCAUGUCCUCUCGGGUCACUCUGCGACUGUCGCCGAUGUCAAAUGUCAGGAUUCGGAUCCACAAGUCAUCACAGGCAGUAUGGACUCUACCAUCCGGCUGUGGGACUUAGCAGCCGGCAAGACGAUGGUCCAACUGACACAUCAUCACAAGUCUGUGCGAGCCCUGGCGAUACAUCCUACAGAAUACUCUUUUGCUUCGGGCUCAGCAGGCAAAAGCAACUUGAAAAAAUGGAAGUGCCCAGAAGGGACCUUUGUACACAACUUUGCCGGCCACGAGGCAAUAGUCAACACCGUCUCUGUCAAUCAAGAUGGUGUCUUCUAUUCUGGUGCCGAUAAUGGCUCCAUGACAUUCUGGGACUACAAAACCGGCCUCCCAUUCCAAACGGGCAACGAUAUCGCCCAACCUGGCUCGCUCGAAUCCGAAGCAGGCAUCUUCUGCUCCACCUUUGAUCAGACAGGCUCACGGCUGAUUACGGGGGGCGCGGAUAAGACGAUCAAAGUUUGGUCCGAAAUGGCGAGCUGAUGUGCAUCUCUGUUGUAUUCUUGCAUUAUCAUACAAUCAAACAACACACUCUCGACUGGGCAGUCAAGAGGUGAGAAAGUCGAGGCAGCCAGCAGAACAACCGCGCCA